AUGUCUCGUUCCUUUGCUCAUACGGAAUAUUGUUCCAUAGCAGCUGUUACUUCUCUUCAUAUUGCCUUCAAUCCCAGUUAUCACGAGCGAACCAAACACAUUGAGAUUGAUUGUCAUGUGAUUCAUGAGAAGAUUCAAGCUGGACCGAUUGUUGCCUCUUUUGUUUCAUCUACAUCGAUCACUAGUGCGCAAAUUGGGUAUCCUUGA